UUUGGAGUGAAGCUCGUCUCACUAUGGCCGCAGACGAGCUUGAAAAAAUGAAUGUCAUUGAACACCUAUCAAACCAAGCCGUGCAGGAGUAUGAGGAUCUGCAGAAAAAGACAGAGACAGCAGCCUUGCAAUGCAAAAGACUGGAGGAGGAAAGGGACGAGGCCAUGAAGAAACUCAAUGAAUUCCAGCAGGUCUCCCAGAUGGUCAUUGAAGAAGUCAGUGCCAUUCAGGAGAACUUGGAGAUUGAGAAGAUGUGUAGAGAAAGUGCUGAAGCUCUAGCCUCCAAGCUGAACCGCCAGAACCGGUCCCUAAAGAGGAAGAGUAUGAUGUUGCUGUCCCACCUCAGCCCAGAGACCCUCACAGAGAUCAACUUGUUAGAUGAUGAAGAGGACGAACUUCCCAGUAAAGUGGAUAUGACACUUGUGGAAAAAAAUCAAGCGGUCUCCGAGCUCGAGUCGGUGAGACAACAGCUGAGGGACACAAAGGCAGAGCUGAUGAAAGAGAAACAUGAUAACACAGUUUUAAUCGCUGAGGUACUGCAGCAAAAGAAGGUCUUGGAGAAAUAUACUAGAGUGUCUCAGUUUGCUGUGGAGGAGUAUGAGGCUCUGCAGGAGUCCUUGGACCUGGAGCAAAACCUGAGAACGGAGGCAGAGAACUUUGCCAUGGCAAUGCUUGUUGAACAAAAGAAGUUGAAGAGACAGAGUCAGAUCCUGAUGCAGAGCGCAGCCGGAAAUCAAGCUCUACAGGAUGCCCUCAGUCAGCUUGCCAGUCUGACGGAGAAUCUGGAGACAGAAAGGCUGGAGCACCAGAACCAGAUGAAGCAGAUGGAGGAAAGGUUCAGGAGCUGUGAGGCUCAGACGGAGUUAAAAGCGUUACGGCACAAGCUGGAGCUCCUGGAGAUGGAGAGGAAGGAGUGCAGUAUCAGAUGCUCGAAGGCUGAGCAGGAGGUCAAGGACCUGCGGUUCACAGUUGAGGAACUCCAAAAGAAGCUUCAGGCUGCUAUCAACCCACAUCCAGGUCCAGCACCUCCCCCACCACCACCGCCACCACCUCCACCAGCUCCAGCUCCAGCUUCCAACCCUCUCAGCACACUGUUAGCCAUGAUUCGAAAAAAAAAAGACAUCAGUAAUGACAUUCCACUGGUGGACCAGGACUCUGCCAAAACAACAGAAGGAGACGUCAGACAUCAGGCGGUGGAGGAAAUGAUGCAAAGGAUAAAGAAAGGAAUUCAGCUUCGACCUGUCAAGGAGUCACCUCACCGGACCAGGAGACAGAUGGAGAGGCUGCCCUCUAAUUCUGCCAUUCAGGGACUUAAAGGAAUCAUGGACAAGUUCAAUAAAACCUCUCCUCGAUCCAAGCCGGUGUCACCUUCAUCACAGCGCGAUGAGGAGCUGCAGCGGGUCCUGCUGAGACGGAGAGACGUCCUGGAGUCCCAGCACGGCACCAUGUGACUGGAGCCACCGGGCCGAUCCUGCCUCUCCCGGCGUCCAGGGCACAGACUGGGUACAGCUGACAGAACUGGACGUUCAGAAUUCAUCCUCAGCCCUUCCGCCUGUAUUUAACCACCUGUGAGGGCUCAGUAUUACAGUUAGCCUCCAUGUACUUCUGUAAAAGGAAAGCUCAGCUCUUAUGUUUGAGUUAACACAAAGCUGUUUGAUUCUGGUAAAAAUCUGAGUUAUGAACCCCAAACUGCUGUUUCAUGGCACAAUCGGCUCUUUUUUCUUAAAGGCUCCAUUAUUAUUGCUUUUUGGGACAAAGUGUGGUGGAUAUGCAGCCCUGAGGUAGCUCUUCUCAAGCCUCCCGUUUUGGCUGGGAAACUACCGUAUUGUACCCCUCUUUCCCGCCGUCCUCCAGUAUUAGUAUUUUCCCCGUAAAUUUCCCGUUUUAUAAUAUAAUUUUUAAACAGCAAAACUGAAUUGUCAAUUGUAACCUUGCGAGAACUGCAGGUUAGCGGCCACAACAGGAACAAACUCAGAACAACAAAUCAGAGAGAUGGAUGGAUGUAACGAGAUAGAAGACAUUUCUGCCCCCAAAAAGCAAAGACUUUGUGUAAAUAUCUCUAAAAAUGGAAAACGGAAUUUAUUUUCCCAAAGAGGAGCAGGAUGAGGCUCAGUUAGAUUUGUAAGUGCGUUUUUAGUGUCUCUUACGGGGAAGGACCGAUGUCAGUCAAGACAAUCAAUGUGUCUAUAAACUGAAAAUAUUAAAAAUCAAUAAAUGUGCUUUAAUUCA